AUGGAUCGAGUUCAGAACGAGAUGAGAGGUUUAGGGGAAGGAUUUUCGCAUUCAAAGAUGGUAAAUAGAGGAGGAUUAAUGUGUAAAUCGUUCAACUAUACAAUGCACAGUGAAUGCUUCCAGUGUUCAACCUGCGGCGCUUCACUUAAGAACCAAGGACACCACUUUAUUAACGAUAAAUUUUAUUGUGAUAUCCAUGGAUCGCAACAAAAAGGGCGUGACAUUAAGAACAAUAUUUUUGAAAAUAUGCCAAAUCGUCUAGUCGAUAGCCACGGCAAUAAAUACCAAAAACAAUCAGAAAUUUCAGUUAAAGUACCAUCAAUAAGUCCGACUCCGUGGAAGACUCAAGGUUUAAUAAGCCCAAGUAACCGAGGAAUUCCAACAGCUGCAACGCAUUACGGACAGACUCUUAAAAAAGAGUCAUACAUGUCAACAGCAUCGAUUCAAGAAAAUACUAAAGUAAAUCAUUCAGAAACGAGUCUCAAUGAAAAUCACGCGAAUCGAGUGAAUGAUGUAAGAAAAACGAAUUCGGCUGCACUAUACGACAAAAUACCUUAUUGCAAGCAGUGCAACAAAGAUAUACGAGGAGCUUAUAUAAUAGCAAACAACGAAACGUGGUGCCCGGAACAUUUUAUAUGCUCAAAUAAAAAUUGUAAUAGAAAAUUGUUGGAAAUAGGUUUUAUUGAAGAAAAAGGGGAAAAAUAUUGUGAACAAUGCUUUGAGAAAUAUAUCGCACCACACUGUGCCAAAUGUAAUCGAUCUAUUACUGGCGACUGUUUGAAUGCACUUCAAAAGCAGUGGCACCCAGAAUGUUUUGUAUGCACUCAUUGCCAUAAGGCAUUUGGCAAUUCAGCAUUCUUUCUUGAACAAGGUUAUCCAUAUUGUGAAACAGAUUGGAAUAAAUUAUUUACAACGAAGUGCACUUCAUGUAAUUAUCCAAUAGAAGCCGGCGACCGAUGGGUUGAAGCACUGGGAGCAGCUUUUCAUUCAAACUGCUUCAAUUGCACGAGCUGCCAUACGAAUCUCGAAGGAGAGAGCUUUUAUGCGAAAAAUGGAGCUCCAUACUGUAAACUUCAUGCAUAG